GCGACAGUGGACUGGGCCCCUCCGCUCUCCGCCAUGUUAGAGGCGCCCCGCAGGGGUUAGCGGUUGAGCUGGCGGCGGAAGGUCUGUGCGCUGGUCUGCGGCAGGCGCCCCCCGGGGGCGGGAAACGGGUAAGGAAGCCUCGGGGACGGUGACACAGUCCUGGGGCAGUAGGAGACCUGGCCACCGAGGAUUAGGUCUGGAGGAGAGGAAUGGCAGUGCCCGCACGUCUUCCGCUUCCCAUCCUCCUUCUGUCCCGCAGCAUGGAACCCCAGGUUACUCUGAAUGUGACUUUCAAAAAUGAGACGCAGAGCUUUCUGGUUUCCGAUCCAGAAAACACCACCUGGGCUGAUGUUGAAGCUAUGGUGAAGGUUUCUUUUGAUCUGAACACUAUUCAAAUAAAAUACCUGGACGAGGAGAAUGAAGAGAUUUCCAUCAACAGCCAAGGAGAAUAUGAAGAAGCGCUUAAGAUGGCGCGGAAGCAGGGACACCAGCUGCAGAUGCAGGUCCACGCAGGGCCCCCUGCUGCUGCCGCCGAAGCCCUGACCCCGGAGGGAGCAGAGAGACGCACUUCUAGGCCGGGGAAGAAGCCACUCGCUCACUAUUCCUCGCUGGUGAGGGUUGUGGGGCCGGAGCUGAAGAGCCCAGAGACACCAUCAGCCCAGCCGUUGCCACUUGCUCAGGGUGACCUGGACCACACUCCAGACAGGCCUCCGGGCUGGUUCACAAGCUACCUGGAGACCUUCAGAGAGCAAGUGGUUAAGGAGACAGUGGAGAAGCUGGAACAGAGGCUGCGUGAGAAGCUUGUCCUCCAGAGCCCGUCCUUGGGCUCCUGUGCCUCCGAUGCCUCCAUGCCUGCUGCGGAGGAGACCCUGCUCUCGCCGGAAAACCUCUUCAGCUGGCACGUUGCUUGCAGCAGCUGCCACAGGAGGAUCGUGGGCGUGCGCUACCAGUGCAGCCUGUGCCCGUCAUACAACAUCUGUGAGGACUGCGAGGCAGGCCCUUACGCCCACGAGGCCAACCAUUUGCUGCUGAAGCUGCGGAGACCCGUCCUGAGCACCUCGGAGCUGUUCUCCCACCCCAAGCCUCCUGUACCUCGACUCCCUGCCGCCCUGGAGCAAGUCAGGCUCCAGAAACAGGUGGAUAAGAACUUUCUUAAAGCAGAAAAGCAAAGAUUGCGAGCUGAGAAGAAACAGCGGAAAGCAGAGGUCAAGGAACUUAAAAAGCAGCUUAAACUCCACAGAAAGAUUCAUCUGUGGAGCUCGAUCCAUGGGCUUCAGAGUCCUAAAUCCCCUCCGGGCCGGCCCGAGAGCCUGCUGCAGCCCAGCACCCUGCGGCUCCCCUUGCGGCCCAGUGCCCCGCUGCUGCCCACCUUCAGUGCCGCCUUUGUGGAUGAGAACCUGCCAGAUGGGACUCACCUCCAGCCAGGAACCAGGUUCCUCAAACACUGGAGGAUGAAGAACACAGGAACAGUCAACUGGAGCGCGGACACCAAGCUCAAGUUCAUGUGGGGGAACCUGACGCUGGCAUCUGCGGAGCGGAAGGACGUCGUGGUGCCCUUCCUGAAGGCUGGCCACGUGGGCGUGGUGUCUGUGGAGUUCGUUGCUCCAGCCCUGGAGGGGACCUACACAUCCCACUGGCGCCUGGCUCAGAAUGGCCAGCAGUUCGGGCCUCGGGUCUGGUGCAGCAUCGUGGUGGACGCCUCUGCCCCUGUGGAGCACCCCAGCGAUACCCACGCGGGUGUGUGUGGCUCCAGUGAGGCGGGCCUCGGCUGCCCACAGGAGGAGCCCUUUUUCCUGGCUAAAGAAACCCCACUGGACGAAGUAACUAAAGGGACAGAAGGGACAGGGGCCUGUGUACUGCAGAAGACGCAGAGUGCGGCCACUGAGCGGGAGCUCUACAUCCCGUCUGUGGACCUCCUGACAGCGCAGGACCUGCUGUCCUUCGAGCUGUUGGACAUAAACAUCGUCCAGGAGCUGGAGCGGGUGCCACACAACACCCCUGUGGAUAUGACUCCCUGCAUGUCUCCUCUGCCACAUGACAGUCCACUCCUGGAGAAGCCGGGCUUGGGCCAGAUCCGGGAAGAGUGUGAAGGGGCAGGGUGCAGAGCACUUGCAGGUGCUACAGCUCCAGGGAAGAGGAAGGCCGAGAGUGUCACCACAGUGGAGGACACAGAGGAAGACCUGAGUGGGACCCAGUUUGUGUGUGAGACUGUCAUCCGUUCCCUCACCCUGGAUGCCGCCCCAGACCACAACCCACCCUGCAGGCAAAAGGCUGCGCAGCUAAACUUCACCUCGCCUCUGGAGGAUCCCCUGGGGGACGAGAAGGAGGACAUCGUUCGUCUCACCAAGGACAGAGUAGAGGAGGACGAGGAGGACGAGGAGGAGGAGCUCGGGGACGAGGUGCAGAGCCAGUCAUCCACCUCCUCGGAGGACUACAUCGUCAUCCUUCCCGAGUGCUUUGACACUAGCCGCCCGCUUGCGGACUCCAUGUACAGCUCUGCACUCUCACAGCCAGGCCUGGCCCGCGGGGCUGACGGCGAGCCGGGGCUGGAGGCUGGGCAGGAGCCCCCUGGGACUGGAACUCUUACUGGGGCGCGACUCCCUGCAGGGGACAUCCCACCGCAGGAGCACGGCCCCAGUGACGUCCUGGAGACCUCACAGGCUCGGGAGGCGCUGCCCCUGGGCCCUGAGGGGAUGGGGCUGCUGCUGGCACCACCCAGGCACUCGGUGUGUGCACAGCACUCCUCCCCAGGCAUGGACGUCCUGGUCACCGUGCCAGAAACCUCUGCCAUCCCCGGGCAGAUCCGAACAGAGCCCAGGGCCUCCCCAGGACUGGCAGUUGGCAGACAGAAGAGCUGGGAGCACUCUAGGCCUCCGCAUGGGAGCAGCAUCGCAGGAGGGCUAGUCAAGGGUGCACUGUCUGUCGCCGCCUCUGCAUACAAGGCCCUGUUUUCUGGGCCCCCAGUGACUGCCCAGCCCGUAGUUUCGGAACACCAGACAGCGGCCCUGAUGGCUCACCUCUUCGAAAUGGGCUUCUGCGACCGGCAGCUGAACCUCAGGCUGCUGAAGAAACACAACUACAACAUCCUGCAGGUGGUGACCGAGCUCCUCCAGCUCAGCAACAAUGACUGGUACAGCCAGCGCCACUGAGGGCUGCGCGCUGACACCGCUUCCUGCUCCCCUUGGGGUUGUGGGGUGCAGGCCGUCGUGGGGUUUUUUAUCUGGUGAAACUCUAGAGAGCCCUUCAUUGGAUUUUCUGACAGUAUCUGUUACAGUAUUUUUGAAGCGAAUCAAAGACCAGUACUUCACUAGGAAUUGGAGGAGUAGUUGGAAGACAGCUUUUCAGUUGAUUUGGGUAAAGUGCUUCUGUUUUAUCACAUUGAGGAAUGCACCUUGAAUUUCCUCUAGAACCAUUUUUCGCUCUGCUUGUACUGAAGUUGAGUAUUUUCCUUUGGUUCAUGUGGAUGUUUUUAACGGGGCUACCUAUUAAUUGUCAGUCUUUAAAAACAAUUAAUCUUGGAGUUUGUUUCCACAAAUACUCGUGAUUUCUGCAGUCAGCCCUGAGUCUCAUAGCCAUGUGGUGGUGUCCAGCUCUGCUGUGGAGGAAGUUGCCUCCAAGCCCCUGGGGCACCGCCACCUUCCAGAGACGCCGGCAGCACAGCCGGGUGGCCACCUAGCAGAAAUCUCAAGUGAAGAGGUGGGGGGUGCUGGCUUCCCUGCCAGGACCUGCCAAGUGGGGCCAUGUUGUAACCUGCAUAUACUGUUGUUUUAUUUAAGAAGAGAAGCUUAGUGUGAAAUAUUUUGCUAGUCCUGUAGAGAAGGAAAAAAGCCCACCUGUUACUUAAAGGGAAAACUAAAUUUAAUAGUUACCUUUUUUCUUAAUACUGGGACGGCCUUGGUUUCCAGUAGAGUGGACAGCAGGUGGCGUGGAUCUAAGUGAAUCAGUGGGACCGGUGGUGGUGGGCUCCAAAGCGGGCCCUGCGACUGGCCUGGAGAGCCCCCCCAGAGGCAGAGCGGAAGUGCCUCCUGCAGGGCUGAGCGGUCAGCCAACCUGGGAGGAGGGCAGGAGCACCCGUGGGGCAGGCACAUUCUCCAAAAGGAAAAAAAACUUAAGAAACCGUGAACUCUGGCCCCCGCCCACCAGGGCAGGGGUGGGUAAAGUGGUAGUAUUUAACCUGGUUGGUGUGCAUAACAAAUGGCAAUUUUAGUUACUAGUUGUAAUGGGUUUAUUUACAGUAUAAAUCUCCAGUGCUACUUAGCCAGAAUUCAGACUGUAAGCCAACCAAGCCUGUCCUCAUUUAAAACGCUGCUGCCAGGUUUUGGUUAUGGGGUUGAUUUCGGGCAGGCCAUGGGCCAGGUCACCCCCCGGGCGGCACCUGCCCGUCACCAUGUAAAGGAAGGUGAAAUAAAUGUUCUUUGAACCGCCU